AUGGACAUCUCAAAUGCAAUAGCUCGUUAUCUGAAUGAUGUGGUCUUCUCUGAAUGGUCCAUCACUGGCUGCCUUAAAUUUUUAGCAGAGAAGGAUAUAUGGGUGACAUCUCAAAAACGAGAAGAAAUUAUGAAUGAAUUCAAACGCCAGACGGAGAUGACAAGCACCCAUCAGUCAUUAAUUCAAAAGGCCCGAAACAAGGCGGCAAAACUUUCUAGUAGUGCUGAAUGGGUGUUUCAGUUUGCAGAGGUCACAGCCUUUUUUGAUCGAAUGGAUAAAGAAGCGAACGAACGUUUGUUGAAUGUCAAAACGAGCUUAUAUGAAUCAGCAGUGAAAGUGCAGGUCAUGGGUGAUAAAUUGGUUACUCUCUGUCCAGAGCCCUCUACAACUGAUGAUCAAAAACGUCACGAAUUCGUUCAAGAAGAUCAGAACGGAGAAAAGACCAUCGAGACUCUCAUACGUAAAAAGCAUCCGUCUUCUGGAGGAUGCUACGAAGCCAAAUUGAUACCCUAA